AUGAAGGUUGGCAAUGGAGAAUCAUGUCGAUUCUGGUCGGAUAUCUGGUCGCCUUUUGGAAAGCUGUUUGAGUAUCUACUCCCAAACCAAAGACCUGGAAUGGGUAUAAGACCAUCAACGACUCUUGCGGACCUUUUUUUCAAUGGUAGCUGGAGACUCCCUCCUCCACGCUCUGAGGGUAUGGUGCAACUGCAUAUAUUUUUGACAACCUUAAGUCUGACUGGGAUGGAGGAUGAUUACGAAUGGGUGGCCAAUGAGAAACCGUCAACGAGACACAACACAAGUGGGAUCUAUAGGAAGCUGAGAGAUAGCAAAGAGGAGGUACCUUGGGCGCCAAUCAUUUGGACUGCAGGAGGAAUUCCACGCCACAACUUUCUAACUUGGCUAUUUGUGCUUGAUGAUUGCCCUACUAGGGAUCAAAUCAUAAGCUGGGGACUCCAGUCAUACUCGGUUUGCCUUCUCUAUAAUCACGCGGCAGAAUCAAGGGACCACUUGUUCUAUCUCUGCCCCUACAGUUGGUCAAUUUGGUUAGAAAUUUCUAGAAGAUGUCAACUACAACCGAACAAACACUGGGAUCAAUCUGUGAUUCAAUUGCAGUCUCUCCAAGGAAACAAAACAAUGAAGCGUCUCACUUUGCUUUGUUGGAAAUCGGCAAUAUACUGGAUAUGGCAAGAGAGAAAUAAGAGGCUCCACAACAAUCAAUUCCGCGCCCCGGAUGCGAUCAUUCGCCUUAUCACUUGCCAGAUCACGGAUCGUAUAAGCAGCUACCGACUCAAAUCUCCGAUCGCGUCAUCGAGGUACAUGCAGUUUUAG